CAAGGGAGAAGCUACAUAGGCCCACAUCUUUUUAGUCGAGAAGGAUGUCCUUUUUAAAUAUAACCAGCUGCUAAUAUUUUCUAUUUGGAUUGAUGUAUAUAAUUACCCAAAGAGUCACACAUUAGGGUGGGUGUAGGCUGGCGAGAGGACUUACGUAGUCUAUAGUCAACGUUGAAAAUGAGAUUUGCAAUGUUUAUUUCUCUGCUGAGGCCGAUCGGGCCGGUUAUUAUCGGUGUUUCUUUGGGAUUUACCUUAAGUUUACUUAGUGUGAAUUGGGUAGAGGAAACUUGUGUCCUCGACGGGAAAGCGAGUGAAGAAAUACGUUUGGCCCAAGAUGGGAAUUCAAAAGGAGCGAGGAGACCCAAUUCGAUAUCGACAGUGGAUGCCGAGGAAGAUUUUGAGCCAAGAAUAGUGCCAUAUAAACCAGUCCAACAAAGCCAAACAAAGCAACUUUUUCGGGCUAAGUACAUCAGUACAGAGCUGGGGAUCCGGGAGCGCCUCUUCGUAGGGAUCCUGACGUCCAAAAGCACCAUCAACACAAUGGGAGUGGCCGUGAACCGCACCAUCAGCCACCACCUGGACACUGUGGUCUUCUUCACAGGCAUGCGCAACCGCAAAGUGCCCCACGGCAUGUUCGUGGUCACCCAUGGGGACGAGAGGCUCAUAUGGAACAUUUUCCAGACCAUCAAGUACAUCUUGGAGCACUAUGUCCAUGAGUAUGACUGGUUCUAUCUGGCCCAGGACGACACCUACACAGAGGCAGACCGGAUCAAACAGCUGGUGGAUCACCUGAGCAUAGACCGGGAGCUUUACAUGGGCAGCCCUGAGGAGUUUAUAGGUGGGGAGAUGGAGGGGAGGUACUGCUACGGUGGGUUCGGAUACCUCCUGUCCCGUACCCUGCUGCUCCGGCUCAAACCCUUCCUGGAGAACUGUAGGAAUGACAUCCUGAGCGCCAGGCCUGACGAGUGGCUGGGCAGAUGCAUCAUUGAUUAUGCCAACACCAACUGUGUGGAUGAGCAUGAGGGGCUGCAGUACUACCAUUACGAGAUGGGCAAGAACUCGGAUCCGAGUAAGGUGGAGAAUGUGCAGUUUAAGAAUGCCUUGACUGUCCACCCGGUAUCUGACCCUGAGCAGAUGUACAGACUACACAAACACUUCACUGAAAUCGAACUUCAGAGGACAUACGAUGAGAUCGAGAAGCUGCAGGCAGAGAUAAAGAAUGUGAGCAAAGUGGCUUUUGAUGGCAACCGGAGCGCCCAGUGGCCCAUUGGGAUCAAUCCUAUGUUUGAGCCGAAGUCUCGUUUUGAGGUCCUCCGAUGGGACUACUUCACAGAGGAGCAGGUGUAUUCAUGCAUUGACGGCUCCCCCAAGUGUGAACUGCGUGGCAUUGAUCGGUUGGAUGUUGCCGACGUCAUCGAGAUAGCCAUGGGGGAGCUGAACAAGAAGUACAAGCCUGUCCUCCACCUGAAGAAGCAGCAGCUGAUCAACGGCUACCGCCGCUUUGAUCCCACUCGGGGCAUGGAGUACACACUGGACCUGCAGCUGGAGGUAGUCAACCAGAAGGGCCGCAGUCGCUCCAUCACCAAGAGGGUCCACCUGGUGCGUCCUCUGAGUCGCAUCGAGAUCAUCCCCAUGCCUUAUGUCACAGAGGCCACCAGGGUUCAUAUCAUCUUACCGUUGACUUUUCAGGAACGGGGUGCCGUCAACCAUUUUCUAGAAGUGUUUGCCACCAAUUUGUUUGAGACCAGUGAAAACGCCAUCUUGACUUUACUGUUUAUCUACGACCCAUUCGAGGCCCAGCAGGUCAACCAGAAUGACAUAUUCACCGGUGUUAAAGCGCAGAUCAAUGUAUACGAACGCAAGUAUCCGGCAGUGAAGAUCCUGUGGAUAAGUGUCAAGACAGAAACCCCUUCUCAAAUCAAAUUCAUGGACAUCAUUUCCAAGAAGCACCCAGUAGACACGCUGUUCUUCAUCACCAACGUCAACACCAACGUCAACUCCGAGUUCCUCAACCGUUGUCGCAUGAACUCCAUCAACAACUGGCAGGUGUUCUUCCCAAUCCACUUCCAGGACUACAACCCAGACAUCGCCUUCCACAACCAGGAGCCCCCACCCACAGUAGACCUGGUCAAGGACGCCGGACACUUUGACCGCAGUUCUUUCGAGGAGGCGUGCUUCUACAACUCCGACUACAUGGUGACGCGCACGCGCAUGGCCUCCGACGUGCAGGAGAACGAGGAGAUCAUGGAGACCUUGGAUAUCUACGACAUGUUUGUCAAGUACUCCAUCCUGCAUGUGUUCAGGGCUGUGGAGCCGGCUCUGCACCAGAAGUACCGCCACCAGGCCUGUAACCCGCAGCUCAGUGAGGGCAUCUACCACAGGUGUGUCCAGAGCAACCUGGAUGGCCUGGGAUCCCGUUCCCAGCUCGCCAUGCUGUUAUUUGAACAAGAGCAAGGAAAUAGCACUUGAUCAACACCCCCCUUAGAAACUUUACCUAGUAUGUGUGCGAUUGUGUGUAUGCGUGCUUGUUUGUUUUAAAACCAAUGCAGUACAUUCCUAAGCGGGAAACCUUUUUUACUAAAUGUUUACAAUAAAAAUGUGCUGUCCGUACAGAAAACGACGAUGGAACCAAAUGUGGUUUAAACCUUCGGAUUUGGUGGUCAUGUUGGUCAUCUCAUUAUUUUAACAUGUUACAAAAGUUCUACAUACCUUGGUGGCUCUUGAGGGUAUGGCUUCAAACCUGCACAACUUUUGAUACUUGCUCAUUUUGCAGUUUAGUAAUCACUACUAAAGCACAUCUGUGUGCCUUUUUUAAAAAAUGUCUGUCAGUCCUCUUGUAUUUUCAUGUCUGUUAUCAUAUCAAGCAAAAUAAGUAGAGAUUUUUUACAUCGUAUACAUUUGAUCAAUAUUUGAGUCCCUUACUUUCACAUGACACUUCUCACAUUUGAAUGAAUGAGCUGGCAUCUGCAAUAUAGAUUCACUCUACUCACAUGUUAAAGGGGAGGAAGCUUUAUGUCACUGACGUCAUCAGAUGCAGAAUGAGAUUACUGUUGGGUUGUGAGGAUUGGAUGGUAUGUGUUUGUACUGUAGGUCCCCAUAAGUGACAUCACAAACAAGCCUGUAGAUGUAGAGCCUCUUCAGGAGGUUACAGUAAAAAAAAA